AUGAUAAAACAUCUUAUAUUUCUAUAUACUAUUCUUUCAAUAAUUGCAGCCCAGAAAAGUGAGUACAGUAUCCCAGAAUUCAGAUAGAGAGUAGAUUGCGAUGCAGGAGAGAGUCAGACAGCUAGAAUGAGCUUGAGAACCCAGAAAUACGAAGAGACACAGACAACAGAGACGCAAAAAUCUAGAGUGGCAUAGAGAACACAGAAAUUUCAGAGAGUUCCUAGUUAAUUAAUUUUCAGCGCUAAAAUUACAGUAAUUCCAAGGGCUGAGAUUAUCAUGGACCGAAAUUCUCGCGCACAGUAACCCAAGUCAUUUUUCAGCAUUAAAUGAGCUCUGGGAAAAUUGUAAAAUAUCGGUAAACAAAACGAAUUCUUGUAUUUCCGGAGAUAUUCAUAUUUCAAUUUCAAAUAAUGACAAAACAAAGCAUGAAAAUUCGCACGAAAAAAUCGAGAAAAUCCAAUGCACUCGGAAAAAUCCAAUUUGCGCAAUUUCAUUCGAAACCAUCACAUUUUCCAAAGAUAGAAAGCUAAAGACAUUCUCAUUUGGUUGUUUUCCGUCGAUUAUUUUGGAAUACUGUCAAAGUAGGAAUGAAUUAAAGGAACAUCGGAUUCUGUGUGGGAGCGAUUUGCAUGAACAAUUAUGGGAUGUGAGAGAAAAUGAGUGUAAAUUGCAUGAUGAAAUCAAGUUUUUGAAAUCGACCAAUAUUAGUUUCAAAUUAACGAAGAAAAGCGGACUUUUGAUGCAAUUUAUGGUAAAUCGGACCAGAGCGAAUUGUUAGUUUUGAAUUUUCUUCCAAAAAAAAUUAAAAUGAAAUGUUCUUCUAGCUUUAGCAUCCAUCAAAAAAGAUGAAGAAGAUCAAUUUCAUCACGAUGGAAUCUUGAUGAUUCUAGGAGUUAUCGCAAUUCUCAAAAUCAGUUAUAUGUUUUGGAAAUCAAAUCGAAGAUUAUUGAGAAGAGAGAUUGCUCAUGUUACAAGAAUUGAUAUUCAACCGAAAGCUGAAACACCGCUAAAACCGCUUAAAGAAUCCGAAAUGAUACCGAGAAUAUCAAAAUGA